UGCGCGAACUAGCAAACUUGAUGGGUGAAAUGAAUGGAAGAUGCUGAUGGUUACAAACUGAAGAUAAACUUAUUAUUAUUAUAAUAUUAGCCGCGACAGGAAUAUCAACAUGGCGCUUCCCUAAAAUUAAACUCGGGAUAAAACAUUUCAAACAGGUAAUGUCAUGGCGUUCCCUCAGCCCAGACCUCAGGCUCCUCAGCUUCCCCAACAUCUGCUCAGGACCAUAGACUGUCAGCAAGGAGCCGUCAGGGCUGUUCGCUUCAACGCUGAUGGGAACUACCUGCUGUCUUGUGGCAGUGACAAAUCUCUAAAGCUGUGGAGUGUGAGCAGAGGGACGCUGCUGAAGACCUACAGCGGACAUGGAUACGAGGUUCUGGAUGCCGAUGGUUCCUAUGACAACAGCAAUCUUUGCUCCUGCAGCUCUGAUAAGACAGUGAUCCUGUGGGACGUCGCCACAGGCCAGGUCACACGCAAACUCAGAGGUCACGCAGGGAAAGUCAACUGCGUCCAGUUCAACGAGGAGGCAACUGUCAUCUUGUCUGGAUCCCUGGAUGGGACAGUUCGGUGCUGGGACACCAGAUCCAGGAGAUUUGAGCCCAUCCAGGUUCUAGACGAGGCUCGGGACAGCGUCAGCAGCCUGAAGGUGGCCCAACAUGAGCUUCUUACCGGGUCGGUGGAUGGCAGAGUGAGACGCUACGACCUGAGAAUGGGACAGCUGCACGUCGACUUCAUCAGCAGUCCCAUCACAUGUGUGUGUUUCAGUCAGGACGGUCAGUGCACUCUGAGCUCCAGUCUGGAUUCAACAGUCAGACUGCUGGACAAGAGCACCGGGGAAAUGCUGGGAGAGUAUACAGGGCACAAGAUGAAGGGCUAUAAGCUGGACUGCUGCCUGUCCAGUAAAGACACCCACGUCCUGAGCUGCUCAGAGGACGGACACGUCUACUGCUGGGACCUGGUGGAGGGAUCCUUGUCCCUGAAACUGCCAGUGGGGAAAGCUGUCGUCCAGUCGAUGUCCUUCCACCCCUCAGAAACCUGCCUCCUCACGGCCAUGGAGGGGCGCGUCCAGGUGUGGGGGGCAGAGCCAGAGGAAACAGAGGAGGAUGCAAUGGCCACGUAGAGAUGGUGAAAUAAGUCGGAAACUAUUUACAUGCUGACGGCCCUUAGAGUGGCAUGAAAACAUCUUAUUUAAUUUUUGUGUCCGUACACACAGGGUCGUUGGAGGUUUGGUACUGGAAAUGGAUCUGUAGCACAUUUAGGUCCAGUGAAAAGUAUCCAUGCUGGAGCGAUGAGGUUAUUCAGGAUAUCAGGUUUGUCAAAACAGGAAUAUCAGAAAACAUAAAACUACAUCACAAAGUAUGAAAGGCUCAUGAGCAGCUCAGAGUCUACGAAAAA